AUGGACCCUUUUUCCCUAAACUCUCACGGGUUUGUUAACUUGUUAGCUUCGCAGAGCAGUCCUACAAUAGACGUAGACUCUGCUGAGGCACCUGUUAGCUCUCCCGGGUUAGUUAAACCAGCGGAAAGGAGAAAGUGGACCACAAAAGAAGAUCUUGUGUUGAUUAGUGCUUGGUUGAACACCAGCAAAGAUCCAAUAAUUAGUAAUGAGCAGAAGUUAGGGGCUUUUUGGAAGAGAAUUGAGGCGUACUUCAAUGCUAGUCCUCAGCUCAUUGGCUCCAUUCCUAGAGAGUGGGGUCAAUGUAAGCAGAGGUGGGGAAGGGUGAAUGCGGAGGUUUGUAGGUUUGUGGGUUCCCAUGAGGCCGCUCUGAAGCAGCAAGCUAGUGGGCAAAGUGAAAAUGAUGUCAUGAAGGCGGCUCAUGACAUCUAUUUCAAUGAUUAUAAUGCCAAGUUUGCGCUUGAACAUUGCUGGAGGGAACUUCGGUUUGAUCAGAAGUGGAAGUCACACUCUCAGCCGAAGGAGAAAAAUAAGGAAUCUGGUGCGGAGCCGGUGGCUGAGGAGGCAGAGGUUAGGCCUCCAGGCAUUAAGGCUUGCAAAGCGGGGAAACGCAAGAAGCCAGACGACGUAGCUUAUGAUAAAAUACAUAGCAUCCUAGCUAAUAAAAACACCAUUUCCAGACAAAAGAUCCUUGAUCGUCUGCUAGUAAAGGACACACUUUCCCCUAGUGAAGAAGCUCUGAAGGAGAAACUCAUCUCUGAAAUGCUUGAUUGA